UUACUGUAUAUGAGUUAGUUGCCGACCUGGGUAUACAGUCUGAUGUUAUUGCAGCAGUUUUCAUUGUCCAGGCAAGUGCGUCUUCCUUACGUCUUAUUGGCAAAAAGGGUACGGGUCUCUUGUGAAUAACAUUUUGCAAGUUAUAUACUUUAUGACUAGUAAGGUUACGUUAGAUUGUAUCGGAGAUGAUUUUCAAGUGCUCGUCAUUUCGGAGUGCGUCUGACAAGAGGAAUGUUCCGUGGUGGUGAUAAACAUGGCAGCGGACAGUGAAGUGAUGUGGCCAGUGACGACCGUUAUGGCGGGGACAGGCUUGGCUGUAUCGUCCGUUGGACGUCUACUGUAAACACGUUGUAUGCAUCAGCCCUCUAGACUGUUGAGAAGACAGACAAGUAGGUAUCAUGAGUAUUCUGGCGAAGCGGCUGUCCACCUGUGUGCCCCCGGAGGUGGUAACCUCUCCCAGGCGUGCUUCCUUCAGCGCGUGUGAGGGCGCUGCUUCUCUCCUUCAGCCCGACACCCCUGCCUCUCCAUUUUUGAAGCAUGCCAGCUUUCAUCUGCUUCGCAGUCCUGUACAACUUCUACCUGGCAAGUCUACAUGCACAUCAGAUCAUAGAGCUUCUGUUGGACCCUCUGAUUUGCUGCUAGAACAGCCGUCCGCCAGUUAUCUUCGCCGUAAGAGGACAUCUCUAGACCCUUCUUGGCUUUCCUCAAGCCUAAAUUAUCAGGAUGAAUCGAUCCGAUCGCCAGUGGGGGCUGCUGGACACCAUGGGAGCCCCAACCUGGAGUGUAAGAAGCCAGUCCCCUUGUACAUCCCUGAUGGGGACUCCACCUCCCCCUCGCAAAGUUUCAUUCGAGCAUCUGAGCCCCAGAAUGUCCUGCCGGUCAGCCCGAGGAACCAGCUCACGCCCAACGCUUACAGACGGAACACAUUUCACCACCUGUUGGAGACGAUCCCAACACCACCUUCCUUGCGACGAAGGACCUGCAGCACCCACAUCAUCUCUCCUGCAGCUGAUUUUCUCGGCUCUUCCCUGGUUACCGAGAGUUGCGUAAGACGGAGUCCUUUCAGCACCUGUAAGCACCUCUCUCCCUGCUUUGAGCUUUCGCCCCCCAACACCCACUUUGACUUCAACCCAUGUGACCAGGAGGGCGGGAAGGAGGAAGACCUGGAGGAUACUGGAAAUAGGUUGCUAGGCUUGAGGAAGGGGAGAGCACUGAGCGUGGAUCACGGUGGAAGGCGCUUGGAGGUACCUCGUAUUGCUCUGAACUCGCCAGAAACCUCCCUGGCAGUAUCUUGCAAGUCUCCUGCCUUAGACCCUACUCCCUCUAGUCUGGGGUUAAGCCCUAAAAUAGCGGCCCUCUACCACCUGCAACACCAUACCCUGGCAACGCCCCGCCCGCCUGGAGUCACUGAAGGAAGAGUGGGCUUACGGGCUGCCCCUCGCUGUUCCCUGGCGGUGGAGCAACCCACGAGUGUUGGUCCGGGCUUAGCUUCUAGGAGAGCCUCCUGGCAUGUCUCCGACGGUGGCCAUCUUGAUCCCUGGGUCAAGACGCACCUCUCUAAUUUACACUCGACCAGGUACUCGUCAGUUAUCGCCUUCCUCGACCAUCGGAGAGAGUGCCAGUCGGUGGAUGUCACUCCUCGAGUAGGCAGGGUCAUGGGACGUGGCGGGUUUGGCACCGUAAAAGUUGGAUGCCACAGAGGUUUGGCAUCAUGUGUGAAGGUGGCCAUCAAGGUGUUGCGGGGUACGAGAGCAGCGACCUCCUCCCGCAGAGAAGCCCACGCCCUCUUGCUCACUCCUCACGCCCACCUGGCCUCCACACACGCCCUCGUCACGCCCACGCUUACAACUGGCGAAGCUUGCAUCACCUGGGCCACCGCCUACCUCAAGGACCGCCAAGAGAAGAAACAAAUUGUGCCGAGAGAGGUGGCGGCGUCAAUGUUUUCCCUUGGCCCGGAGGACGCCAGUGGGUGCCAGAGUGUGGGGGAGGAAGAGGACGAGUGCUGGGGUAGGCCUGGGUAGGCCUGGGUGGUGAGCGAGCUCUGCACGCCUCACAGCCUCCUCACACUCCUCAACGAAUCUGACCUCGAACUAUCCAUAGGGGCAAAAAUAAGGUACACAAGCGAGUUGGCUAGCGGACUGGCUUACCUGCACUCCCACGACCUGGUCCACCUGGACGUGAAGCCUGCCAACGCCCUCCUCACCCGCCACGGCCACUUGAAGCUCGCCGACUUCGGCUGCUGCGCCAGGAUUGAUAACGAUGAGG